AUGAAAGACCUCGAGAAGGAUGGCACCACGCUUGUGGUAGUUGCACAGAUUCUUGAUUUGCAGGAGCAGCGUUCUGAAGACUCAGAGCAACGAGGGUGGGUAUGGCAGCGCAAAUACGUCUGCCACAAUAGCAGACAAGCACAGCCAGAGUGCAAGCAGGCCACGCAGCACCAGUUUAUGAUAUCGAUUCCAGCCCUUCUUGUUCAUCCCCUAGCACCUUCUGUUAUUCGCUCCGCGGUGAGAACUUCGACGGUGCCUGGUGGGAUGGCGGGAGUUAUACGAAGUGACGAACCUCAAUUGCUGCCUACCUCUCAGCCGACAUGGUUAUUAGAGCACUCUCAGCUUGAAGAAGUCCUUGACUAUUCGUGGGAUUCCCUGAAGCCAGAAACUGAAGAAAUCAUCAGGAAUUUUGCACUUGUGCCAUCGCUAUUCACCCCCAGCUUGCGAUACAAAAAUUCGCAAGAACAGCUGCAGCUGGUCGUACUUGAUGUUCCAGAGUAUUUGAGCAUGGAAUUGAAGACGGGCGACACCAUCGUGAAGUGUCACUUUUGCCCCGUAUCACUGCCACUGAAGGGGAUGCGGAACCAUGUCAGGAUCCAUAUUUUAUACUCUCAGAGGGAUAUUGAUGAGGAGGACAUCCUCAAGGAGGUGUGUCGCAAUGCCAUCAAUAGGUUGAUCUCACUCUCAGUGGGGAACUUGCCCUUCCUCACACACAGAUAG